AUGACAAGUGUAUGGUGGGAUUUAGCUAUUUCUGGAGUCAAUCAUUCGAUUAUUGGAAACGGUGGAGAUGAUUGUUUGAAUUAUGUGCCCGGAUGGCAGCGAACAUUAGAAACGUUACUAUUUGUGCCAUUAGCAAUAUGGAUGGCAACAAUAUCAUUUCCACAUUUGGAUUGUUCAUUUACUCACCGCCCACGUGAUUAUUCACGUUAUACAGUAUUGACAAUUUAUAGCUUGAUAUUCGGUGCAGAGUUAGCAUUCAAAAUGAUAUCCAAAACUGGUAUAUUUCUGUUAAAUCCGUGUCAUGUAACGACGACUAUGCAACUGAUUCUCCUUUCCAAAGAUGCAAAUGAUAAACGAGUGUGUUUCCUCUUCCGACUUCAUCUCUAUUUUGUUCCCGGGGCCUUCUUCGCAUUAGCUUUUCCCAUAUUAAAUACUAGAAUGCUGCCUGGUGAGGUUUUUAUUUAUUAUGCUCAACAUAUAGCAAUUAUCCUGAUACCUAUUUAUCUAAUGUAUUUAAAAGGUGCAUUUGAGCCUGAAAAAGCACAAGAUUUCACCUGGACCAUAUUUGGCUUAUCCAUAUUUCUUUUUUAUCAUUUUGCUGUUUUGCAAACAACAGCAUUUUAUUCACGUGUAAAUCUGAAUAACAUUAUGUGUCCGGCAAUUUCUGAUCCGUUUCAAACACGAGCUUAUCGGAUAAUUGCUGUUGGCCAUCAAUUUUUGUUAAUACCAAUCAUCUCCAAAACAUUUUCUGCAAUUGCAACAACCUGUUGUGAUAUAUUGGAUGAUAUCUGGCCGCAGAAGGAUGAUUAA